AUGGAAAACUACGAAGAAGGUGGAGUUGAAGUUUUCAAAGAUGAAAGUAUUGCGGGUUAUUUUGGUGAACAGUUCAAAUGGAACAUCAUCUAUGGAAUCCCAUACAUUACUGUUCUCUCACUGAUAUCAUGGAAAGGUUUGGGAUCAUUCCAUCUGAAUAGAACUGCCUUUGUAUUCUUCAAAACAAGUGGAGCUUUUUUUCUGGUCGUGUUCUAUAUCUCUGCUUAUUUGACACUAUACUACAAGGAACUGGAAGUCAAAAAGGUUCUCGCAACCGUGACAAUCGUUUCGUGUCAUCUCUUUUUCAUGUUUUCGGGCAUUACAAUUCAAAGCUCUGCUUAUUAUAGAAUCGGAUUCAAUGACAGCGCUGAGCUCGGAAGAAAUCGUUACAUCUUUCUUUCCAUAAUACUUGGUGUAGCUGAACUAUUCACACUCUUUUUCCGUCCCGAAAUCUAUGUUUUUGUGGACCCCGAUAAGAAUGCAGUUGCAAAUAAGAUUGCUGGGGGGUGUCUGAUUGUUUUCCACGCUUUUGCAUUCCUCAUGAUAAGUACUGCUUGGUUAUGUUUCCGUGCCCCGUAUUUCGUUAUUCGGAGAAAUAAUUUUGAAAUCGGACGUCUUAUAUAUCAAGAUCGUAUGUGGAAAGAAGUAUUAUUGGAUAUGGAUUAUUUAACACUGACACAAAGAGAGGAACUGAUCAAAUCACUGGAUGUGGCUUGUUUUCCGAUGUCUGACAUUGUGAUCUAA